GAUACGCACCACAACAUCUGGCGUCUCUACACAUUAAUAUUCAUCCAACAAAUAAGUCAUUUUAAAACGCCGUUUUCCGAAAGUGGGAUAUUGCAAGAUGCGUUAGUACGAAGUUUACAUGUAACUGAAGUUUUUGCACUUUUAGCCUGUAAACCCUAAAUAUAGUUUUGCUAAUCUGGACCGAAUCGGUAUCAUUGAUCAUGUUAAAACAUACGGCAAAUUAUCCAUUUUACACAGACAUCAUCAUGCUGUCCGAGGAUGAAGAGAAUCGGAGUGAGAGUGACGGAAGCUCGGACCGGAGUUAUGGAUGGUCACCGGGCUCAGACUUACGCCAGGGGAUGAUGACCGGCGACGUAGUCUUCAUUAAGCAGCGGAGAGCCGCCAAUGCCAGGGAGCGGGACCGCACAAUGAGCGUGAACACGGCCUUCUCGGCCCUCCGGACUCUCAUACCCACCGAGCCGGUGGACAGAAAACUCUCCAAGAUAGAAACCCUGCGCUUAGCCUCCAGCUACAUCUCGCAUUUAGGGAACGUCCUGUUGACAGGAGAGGGCGGUACGGAUGGACAGCCGUGCAUGAGAGCUGUGCGCUGCGCUCAGGCUGAUAGUGAAUUAAAGCAACGCAGAGCAAUAUGCACCUUUUGCCUCAGCAAUCAAAGGAAGGGGGUGAAAGAUGGCAGAGAUUCUAGAAAGUUGCAUGGGGUCAGUUCGCUGCGAACAGGCCACAGGUAAAGGGCACUCUCGUUAAGCGGAGUUGCAGUCCGUGUGCGAGUCGCACGGAGGGGCCCCUAGCUGGAACCCUGGAGGGCUGUGCAGAGAGCUGGGAAAAGAGAACAUGAUACGUGUGAUUUAACAUGGACUGUUCAGGCAACAGGGGACCCACAUAAGUGGAAAUAUCAUGACAGAUUAAUUUAAUUUGUAUUUGAUGAUUUGGAUUUAGCCAGAGUGAAAUCUUAUUUUCUGAGAACUGGUGAUAUCCUUUGUUUAAUGAAUACACACACACACACAUUUUUAAAUAUUAUUUGUGUAAUUCUGUUUUUGUCAUAUUUGAAAGGCAUCUCAUUGUGAAAGAAUGAAUGCAUUACGAUAUCCUGUGGUGACUAACUUCUUUACGUCUGCAGUGCUAAUUAUGCAGUGUACAGUUUACUUUAAUUCCACCACAGAAACAUUAGAGAUUACAUUUCCUAAGAAUAUACAAAGAACAUUAGUGAUUAGAGUGGCUGCUUCCAGGAUACGACACUGGACAGUACAUAUGAAUUUGUUCAGUUUAAACAUUACUGAUUACUGCCAUUUCUCUUGAUUAUAUUUUUAAAACGCACGUAAAAUAUGUAUUUAAUAAGGCACAAAGAAAAUCAUAUAUCACAAAUAAUUUAUAAUAGAACUAAUUUAAGGUGGUCAUUCAGUAGACAACUUUGAUAUUACUUAAUUUGGUCAGAGACUCAUAAGAGGGCUGUAUGGCAGGACUGCGCAAUUCCAAACUUACGAGUCAAAGCAGUUCAGUUUAUGCUGAAUUGUACUCCCUGAGCUCUGAAUUAUAAAUAUAAAUAAUUAUAAAUGUUUCACUACAGUUUUCAUUGUAUAAUAACAGUUACUAUUGGGUGCAUGAGUUUGGGAAUCCUUGUACAUCCCUGUAAUGAAUGUAUUCUCUUAAAAAAAAAAAAGAAA